ACUGCAAAAAUACUAUCAUCAAAAUUUUCAGUUUAAUUAUACCUUCUUCUUAUAGAAGUUUAACUAACAUAACUAACUUCAUAGCACAACACAAUAACAAGAAAAUGAUCAUGGCUUUAAUCAACAAGUCAACUACUCUUUUAACCCUAGCUCUAUUCUUGUUCUUACAAUUUUUCACUAUCAAUGGUCAUGGUGGUGUUGAUCAUGAUUCAGAUAACGAGAAUACUAAUUUGCGCGCAAAGGGAUUGAUUCUUGUUAAAGUUUAUUGCUUGAUCAUAAUGUUCGUGAGCACAUUUGCUGGUGGAGUUUCGCCAUAUUUUUAUCGAUGGAACGAGAGUUUUCUAUUGUUAGGGACUCAAUUUGCUGGUGGUGUUUUUUUAGGGACUUCUUUGAUGCAUUUCUUGAGUGAUUCUGCUGCAACUUUUGCUGUACUUACUGAGAAAGAGUACCCCUUUUCCUUCAUGUUGGCUUCUGCAGGCUACCUUCUCACCAUGUUUAGUGACUGCAUUAUCAUGUUUGUGACAAAGAGUCAUGAAUCAAGUGAGGCCAAAGUUGAAGUAGAACAAGGAAGGUCAGGUAAUAAUACUGAGGAGGGACAUAGGGAAGCAAAUCCUUUUCUCAAGACAACUUCACUUGGGGACACAAUACUUCUCAUUCUUGCAUUGUGUUUUCACUCUAUUUUUGAAGGCAUUGCUGUUGGGGUAUCAGCUACAAAGGGAGAAGCAUGGAGAAAUUUAUGGACAAUAUCAUUGCACAAGAUAUUUGCAGCAAUUGCAAUGGGAAUUGCACUUCUAAGAAUGAUACCAAAGAGGCCAUUUCUACUUACUUGUGCUUACUCUUUUGCCUUUGCUAUUUCAAGCCCUAUAGGUGUUGGAAUAGGAAUUGCAAUUGAUGCUACAAGUGAAGGAAAAACAGCAGAUUGGACUUAUGCCAUUUCCAUGGCAAUUGCUUGUGGAGUUUUCAUAUAUGUGGCAAUAAAUCACCUUAUUUUAAAAGGUUUUAGGCCACAAAACAAAUGUUAUUUUGACACUCAAUUCUUCAAGUUUUUUGCUGUGUUUUCAGGAGUUGGGACUAUUGCUAUAGUCAUGAUAUGGGACUAAGAUCAUUCGUUUUCUUUAAUUUCACCGGCUUUAAUUUGUUAAUCUUUUUGUGUCUUUUCUUCUUUUGAAAUUCAAUUAUGUUAUCGGAAACAAUCUCUCUACCUCCAUAAGGUAGGGGUAAGAUAUGCGUACACAUUAUCCUUCCCAGACCUCACAUGGGGAUUACACUGGUUUUUUUUUUAUUGUUGUGUUGUAAAUUCAAUUAUGUGUGGAUGUACUUUUUUCAGUAUAAAAAUAAUUGUUGUGUUUUUAUAUA